UACCGUUCUUGUAGAGACUGGUCUGUAGAGGAGGCGGAGUUCAAACUUGGAGCGUUAAAAGACGGCGGUGGGACGGCGGGUGGUCCAGUUUACGUGUCUCAAAACAUUGCGCCUUCCUCUCGCCCUUCUUUAAGCAGUGCGUGUGAAGUUCAUUUUCCUGAGACUGCCAGUUUUAGAGCAAUUAAAAACAACUGAACACUCAGGAGUGGAGACUUGAGCGAAAGGUCAAGUGCUGAUCACCUAUGAACAUUUGUGGUUACGCCAUCAUAGAGUGACUUCUCAGCCUCCCUCAUAUCACAUUUCAAACAAUAACCCCCAGCCCUGUAAGCGUACCCACCAUGGGAGAGAGGCGGGGGCGUCCCAUCCCUCUCCUGUGCCGGUCCCGGCGUUUCGGCUGGUCCGGCAGCUGUGACAGCAAUGGACCAAAAAGCAGUGGCCCAAACGGGCACACUUUCACUGGGCCGAGCUCCGAGUGCAGCUUGGAGGAGGCAGCAGCACCUGUGGAGGAGCCACCAGUGGACAGCUCACGCUACUCUCCUGUUUCAGUGGAACUGGAGCCUGUGGUGAAUAAUGGAUCAGGCGUCCCCGGUCCUCCAGGCGGACACACAAAAGAGGCAACGGUGCACAGAGAGUACGUCCAGUCGCACUCCUGCUCCUCCCUCUCCCUGUCCAGCGGCGCGGUCAGUGGAGAGCCAGUGCGUGGCCUGCCCGGCCCCGCUCCCUCUCGCUUCACACAUAACCCCUAUCACGCCAAGACUAGCAUGCAGGGCGAUGUCUACAACUUCCUAGAGAGACCUGCAGGCCUGAAAUGCUUCCUCUACCACUUCCUAGUGUUCCUCAUGGUUCUAGUAUGUCUUAUCUUCAGUGUGCUUUCCACCAUCGAGCAGUACGCAGACUUUGCCACCGGAACACUAUUCUGGAUGGAGAUCGUGUUGGUGGUGUUUUUUGGUACGGAGUAUGUGGUGCGUCUGUGGUCAGCAGGCUGCAGGAGCAAAUAUGUGGGCAUCAAGGGCAGACUGCGCUUCAUCAGAAAACCCAUCUCUAUCAUAGAUUUGAUAGUGGUGGUCGCAUCAGUCGUAGUACUGAGUGUCGGUUCAAAUGGGCAAGUUUUCGCCACCUCUGCCAUCAGAGGAAUCCGCUUCCUUCAGAUCCUGCGCAUGCUCCAUGUGGAUCGGCAGGGAGGCACAUGGAGACUUCUGGGUUCUGUAGUCUUUAUUCAUCGACAGGAGCUGAUAACGACGCUGUAUAUUGGAUUCCUGGGUUUGAUCUUCUCCUCAUACUUUGUAUAUCUUGCGGAGAAAGAUGCCGUGGAUGAGGAGGGAAAGACAGGCUUCUCAAGCUAUGCUGAUGCACUGUGGUGGGGUGUUGUCACUGUGACUACAAUAGGUUAUGGAGACAAAGUUCCCCAGACAUGGAUAGGGAAGGCCAUCGCCUCCUGUUUUAGUGUGUUUGCUAUCUCCUUCUUUGCCCUGCCAGCGGGAAUUCUGGGUUCGGGCUUUGCUCUGAAGGUGCAACAAAAACAGAGACAGAAACACUUCAAUCGCCAAAUCCCAGCUGCUGCCUCUCUAAUACAGACCCUGUGGCGAUGCUACGCUUGUGAGAAACCUGACGGCUGUCCAGCUACCUGGAAGAUGUACGUGUUGACGGGUGACUACAUCCCAGUCAUAAACUCAGAGAACUCCAGUCCUGGAAACUUCAGAAAACUGAGUAAGCGCUAUAAGCGGAGGCUAAAGUCCACCCGUGAUAAUGGUUCCCUGGGGACCGCAGGAGAGAAGGCCCUGUCCAUCCCUCAAAUCACCUAUGAUCAUAUAGAUGACAAAGAGGACAAACGAGAGGUGCCCUUCUUCCUUGAGGAACCUCCAGGCAUCACAAAGAUGUUCAGGCAGACAGACUGUCAGCACUCCUGGUCUUCUUUCAAUCUUAGCUGCCCUGCUUCUCCAGUUAAGAAAAAGCUGGAUGGACCCCCUGAUAUCUCACGUACUAACAGCCUAGUAGAUGACAUGGACUUCGCUAAUGAAUUUAUUCCACUCCCUGUGGUGACAGAUGCUUCACAUCUACUGACAAGGCCUUUCUUGGCAAAGGAGGAGGACUCUGUCUCUACACAGCAGUUGAAUUCAAGCAGGCUCUCCCAUGCGCAUAGAUCUGCCAUCAAAGUCAUAAGGAGGAUGCAGUACUUUGUUGCCAGAAGGAAAUUUCAGCAAGCAAGGAAGCCGUACGACGUGCGAGACGUGAUAGAGCAGUAUUCCCAGGGCCAUCUCAACAUGAUGGUCCGUAUUAAAGAGCUCCAGAGACGGUUGGAUCACACAUUGGGAAAGCCUGGAAUGUUUCUGCCAGAAAAGGGUGUAGACAAGGAGUACUACACUGUUGGAGCCAGGCUGAUCAGACUGGAGGAUAAGGUGCUUCAGAUGGAUCAGAAGAUGGAGAACAUCCUGAAGAUCCUGGUGGAGCAGUUCCAGCUCAAAGCUGAGCUGCUUCAGAAACCAAGCCACAGCCACUCCCGCGUAACUGUCAUGAAGCGCCUGGGUGUCAGCAUGGAUGAGGGACAAUGAGACAGGAAACAGCCACACUGGGUCAAGACUGAGACACAUCUGUGGAUAAAGAUUGUCCAGGAGGAAAGGUUCUAUCUCUUCUCUCUGCUUCGUGUUUCAACUUUAGAAUGAAUGAAAGCAUGUGAAAGUAAGAUGCUCAGGUUGUGGAAAUGUGCAGCAUGAUGGACUGGUAGGCCAAGCUAACAGGAGAGGCAAAAAAGAGCUUUGAAAGAUUGUUUCUCUGUUUCUUCCAAAGAAAACGAGCUACGUGUUUAACACCUUACUAGCUUUCAGCAAAGGGCAGCCACUCAUAGAUUCCUCUCUUUAUUCGAUUGCCGUUGGUUUGCUACGGUACAGAAGGAGCGGCACUAAAGACAUGGUUGUUUGAGAUGUAAAUCCUGUUGGGUUUAGGAACCACUGCUCCACAAAAAUGCUACCAAGGCAAGAUCCACAAUCACAUAUCCAUCAAGAACAUUAUUAAGCUUCUGAACUAGUGGCUCAGCUCACAUAACACAGAGGAAGCACGACACAGAUUAUCCGUUCCCCAUGUUAAUCCACACCUCACAUUUAGUAAGUGCGAACACAUUGUCUGUGUGUUAAACCCACCACUGAUAAAUAGCUAUGGCAGGGCUAAUCAAAACAGCAAAACACUGCUGAUGGGCUUUAAUGGACUUAAAUGGAAUAUUAGAAAGGAAGAGGGAGAACUAUUUGAGGUUGUGGAGUCGGUGAGGAGUGCCAAGGUUUUCAACAGCGUGUUCAUUUUCAGAGAAUUUCAGAGAGCCUUAUUCCAUUCAGCCUGUGAUUAUUUUUCUCAUUCUAGUUAAUUAAAUGCAAGGUUUCUGGUAAGGUGAGAUGGCUUAAUGCCACCAUUUUGAUGAAAGGAAACUAUAGUAAAUACAUAAAAUCUAAAUUUGUUUUCAGAACUGCAGGGCGAGGGGGAACAGAGAGAUGUAUGUCGAACUCAGACGGCUGCACUCCAUUCACUAAACACACUCAGCUGCUGGCGCUUUGCCUAGUCCAGAACAAAUUGCUGGGUGGUUUUCUUUUUUUCACAUGUUAAUCUAACAUUUACUACAAUGUGCAGAGAGAGAUGAGAGCUCAGAGGAAAGAGACAGAGGGAAUAGUGAAGGAGAGCCAGGUCUAACCACUUUCCUCCCUUCAUUUUAUCAUUCACUGCGUCUGGAGGCUCCCACGAUUUGCUUGGUGCAAAAGGGGUGAGAGAAAAUGAAAUCAGUGAAUAUCUGACCAACUAUUGUUGUAGAGUUUUAUAAGAGAUGUACAUAUAGUAGCAUUGCCUUAUAUUUACCAUCAUGGAGCGCAGGCUGUUGGACUGUGACUUACAGAGACAACUGGACUUAUUGAAUGACGAGCACUGUAAUAUAUUCAUUCAUCUCAUAAGAGACUUGUGUAAAUAAA